AUGCCGGUGUUGAAGAAGCACAGGAGAAAAACCUCGGUAACUCCUCCGGAACUUUCCGAGAAGACCAAGGAGCAGCUGGCGGAGGCCGAGCUUCGGCAGCUGAGGUUGCAGUUCCGAAAAAUGGUGGAAAGUCGCAAGUCCUUCAACUUCCGCAGCCAGCUGAAGCUCUCCAGCCAGCACAAGGAAAUCCAGGCCCUGCAAGCAGAGCAGAAUGAGAUCACCCUGGUUUUGAGUCUCCUGAAGUCCUCAAGGAACUUGGAUCUGAAUCAGAAAAACUACCUUGAGCUGCGUUUCCUGUUGCAGGCCAAGGAAGACUACGAAGCCAUGAUUAAGUCCACGAAAGAGUUGCUGGUGGAGCUGGACGAGAAGAUUGUUCAGAUGGAAAAAAAAAUCUCAAGCCAAAAACAGAUCUUCACAAAAAUGCAGAAGGCCAACAACCCACAGAAACUGCAGAAACAGAUACACAUUUUGGAGAGCCGGCUGAAUCGGGUCACUGAGCACUUUGAUAAGAUGCUGACUACCAACGCCAAGCUCCGUCAGGAGAUUGAGAACCUGCGGUUUGAGAAGGCCACUUAUGACAACAUCUACCAGCAGCUGUGCCAGAGCCUGUUGUCGCAGAAGAAAACCAUGAACUUGGCCAUUGAGCAGUCUUCUCAGGCCUAUGAGCAGAGCAUGCAGGCCAUGGCCCGCAUGGCUGCCAUGAAGGACCGCCAGCAGAAGGACAUCUCUGAGUACAACCUGGAGAUCCAGGAGCUGGAGCGGCUCUACGACCACGAGGCCAAGCUCAAGUCCUUCUACAACCACGAGAGCAAGCUCAAGUCCUUUCUGCAUGUCAAGAAGAAGGACCGCAUGGAAUUGGAGGAGGACGCGAAAAAGGAAGAAGCUCUCAAGACAAAAAGGCACAGGAAGAAUAGCAAGGGAGAGAGUUUUGAGAGCUACCAGGUGGCCCACCUCCGGCUGAUGAAGCUGGUGGAGGAUGGGAACCUGAGCCAGCUCAUUGAGGAAUUCCUGGCCAAGGAGGACAAGAACUUUGCCCGGUUUACUUACAUCAUGGAGCUCAACAACGACAUGGAGAUGAUGAACAAGAAGAUCCAGGAGAUCCAGGAUGAGAUCACCCACCUGCGAUCCCAGCAGCAGUCUUCCCACGACGACAGCGGCUCUGUCCUGAAGGAGCUCGAGGAGAAGCUGAGGAAGACCACGGAGGAGGCCAACAGGUACGAGGACAAAAACCGCGAUCUCAGAGAGACCCUGGAGCAUCUCAAGACCUCGGUGGAGAAUCUGUUCAAGAAGAUCAACUGCGACGCCUCCAAGAUCCUGGUGCAGUUGGGGGAGACCGGGAAAGUCACCGACACCAACCUGUCCCAGUAUUUCUCCCUCAUCGAGAAGAAGACCAACGACCUGCUGCUGCUGGAGGCCUACAUGCGAAUGCAGGAAGUGGACAUGGACACCGAGCCGCCCCCGCCCUUCCUCAACCCUUUCUGGGGCGGCUCUGCCCUCGUGAAGCUCCCAGAACCCCUCAAGGUCACCCCGCCCGUGCUGGGGACUGACUCCUUCAGCGACAAGAUAGAGGACAUGGAGCAGCCCCUGGACCAUGGCAGCCUGAGGCAGCUGGUGCUGGACAAUUAUGCCCAGAAGGAAGUUGGCAGGCCCACAGCCUCACCCAGCGAAACCCGAGGCCGGCGAGACCAACCGAAAGAAUAAAGGUUUUGUUCCUAACCUCAGUGCCUCGGUGCCUCGGUGCCUUCUCCUUCUCGGCUGCUGAGGGAGCGGGCACUGGGCCCGGGCAGGUGGGGGUGAGAAGGCCGGGUCCCAGGGCCGCCGCAGGAGAGGGACCGGGGUCAGCGCUGCCGUGGACCUUCAAGCAGGUGGCCAGAGGCGCAGCAGGGGGCGGGCCUGUGUGUGGCCCGUGCGUCUCCAUUCCUGGGGCUGCGUGCCCAUGUCGGGGGCUGUGCGCCCGUGUGCACACCUCUCUGUCCCUCUCCCCGGUCAGCUGUCACUUCACAGCCCCAUCCCGGGUGUCCUGCCUGAGCCACCCUCUGCCUUCCUGGGUGAGCUGAGCCACUGGGGCUGCCUGUCCCUGCAGGGGCCCAGCACAGGGUCUCUGGAAGGACUGGGAGGUCAUGGGGGACACACUGUGGCAGGGUGUGGGCUGACACAGGCCCUGAAUGCCCUGGGUCCUGCCCCCCCCCCCCGCCCCCAGCACUGGAUGUGGCCCCAGCUCCCAGCAUCCAGGGUGACAUCAGGGGCUGCAGGGACAGUCCCACCUGGCUCCUCCAGCCUCUGGGACCCUUUGUUCCCUGCACGUGUCCCCAGYUCCACUGUCUCACAAGCGGGGAUCUUUGUUGCUUUGUCACCAUUCACCCGGGCCUUGUCCCGAUUCUUGGGGAUUCCCUGGGAACCCCCUUCCCUUCUCCUCUGUGGUCCCUGGGGAAGUUGUCCCCCCAUCUUCAAGCCACGAGGGCAGGGGACUGAUCAGGUGACCCAGGCCUGCCAAUCAGAGCACUGCACUGGCCAAUCCCAGCAGUUAGCUCAGGGUUGGAUCAGGUACCCCAGAGAAGACCCCAGGAAGACCUAGUCGGUACUUGUGUGAGGCUGGGAAGACAGAGGUUUGCCGAGUGGGUAGAAGAGCUGGGAGCUGCUGAGAGCCAUUUUGCCAUCACUGAGAGCAGAGCAACCUACAAGAAAGAGCUGUGGGGAGGCCGCCGCAGGGUUGGGUGCAUUGUUUGAGUUCCUGGAGGCAGCUGUGCCUGAAGUCCUUGGACUUACUGGUUUUGUGAACCCAGUUGAUUCUUAAGUUUGGAUUCUUGCAGCCAUAAUAGACCUGAGUGCUUCAACAUGAGUCAACUCAAGCACAGGCCUGGGCCCCAGAUAGAAGCAGAGAUCAGCCCCCCUCCCCCAAUUUGCUAGGAGAGAAGUACAACUUGUACUUUAUCUGACCUGAAAUGGCCCUCUUAUGGUUAACAGGCACAAUUUUUGCCUGGUGAGCCAUGUUCUUAGCCCUCUUCACUCUCACGGGGCCCAUCGCAGCCUCUGGGAGACGAUCCCCAUGGMGUUCCCAAAGGAAGGGUGUCUAUGAACACUUGAGCUGUUGGGAAGCAAGGGCUGUGGUAUCCAGUUAAUAGGCCCUUGAUUGGGACAGUCCUAAGUGAAUGCAAAGGUCUAUCUCAAAGAGUCAUUAAGAU